AUUUUACCCGUUUAGCUCGUCAUAUUCAGGGUAAAAGUAUUGGUUUAGUGCUGGGAGGAGGCGGGGCAAGAGGGGCCGCCCAUCUAGGCAUGCUUAGGUCAAUGUUUGAGGCUGGAAUCCCUAUAGAUAAGGUUGGAGGUGUGAGUAUUGGAGCUUUCAUGGGCGCUCUGUGGGCUAUUCACCGAGAUAUUGAUGAGAUGACCGCUAAGUCUAGAAAAUGGUUUUAUAACAUGACCCGUUAUUCUGGUCUGCUGGAUCUUACCUACCCCAUGACGAGUCUUUUUACUGGGGGAUAUUUUAACUGGACACUCACAGAAACUUUUGAUAAAGAAAUCCAGAUUGAGGAUCUCUGGUUACCUUUCUACUGUGUAUCCACGGAUAUAACAUUAUCACAAGAGAGAGUUCAUACUUCAGGUACUCUUUGGCGCUACUGUCGGGCCAGUAUGAGCUAUGCUUGGAUUCUGCCUCCUAUUUGUGAUCCUAAGGAUGGCCAUAUGCUGUUGGAUGGAUGUUAUGUAAAUAAUGUACCUGGAGACAUUAUGCUCAAGGAAAACUGUAGUCAUAUCUUAGCUGUUGAUGUAACAGCUAUUGAUGAAACCAAGCUGACCAACUACGGAGAUUCUCUUAGUGGCUGGUGGCUUAUCUGGAAAAAGUUGAAUCCAUUUUCAUCCUCCAUCAAUAUUCCAACUCAAUCUCAAAUUCAGGUUAAAGGUACGAAAGCAGAAUGCUCCAAGUAGGAAUGAAAAUACCGUUCAUACAUUUACAGAUCUUUCAAACCUUGUCAAUCAUGCUAAACAGUGGCAAGGGAAGGCAAGACGAGAAAACUCUGCAUCUAAAACAGGUUUGCUAGAACGUGAGGAUGAUUCUGAUGAUACGGGUAUCUUGUUUUGAAAGAGAAAAACCAUCUCCGAAUACUUCCCAUUACAUGUUCACUGUUCAGCAACCAACAUGUUCAGAAUUUUUGAUAAUAUUUUUUAGACGGAAUUGCUCUGGGUUUUAUGUGCUGUAAAUUGCCUUUUAACGUUUACUUUUCGUGGAUUCAAGAACAAUGCAUACUUUUUUAAGUAAGAGUAUCACAAUAAGGGAAACCCUUACCAGUACUGGAUAAAUUUUCCCAAGGUUUCCUGUAUGUUUAUUAUUUAACUAAACCAUUCUGCAUUUUCCUCCGAAAAGACCCAUUAAUUAUUUCUCUAAAACUACUAAUGAUGUGCCUUACUAUCUUCGAUUCAAUUCUUUAAAAAAUUACAGAAUUAAAUGCAAAUAUUUUUGA